AUGCGCAUCAUCGCGGCCCUGCUGCUUUUGGCUACGGUAGCCAACUGUGAUUAUAUCGAUGAUAUAUGGGAUCGUCGCCCGUGCAACAAAACAUCUGAUUGCGUGCCGGGUAGAACUUGCCGACCGUCUGGAGACUUCGUCUCCAGGAUGAUGUGCCUGAAGCCGGAUGAAUAUCCUGAGAUCGUAGAGAAAUCCCGAAAGCCCCCGUUCAUUGUCUGCCACACCAAUGGAGAUUGUCCGCCCGACCACGUCGCUGGGCGAACUAUGGCCACAAAGCCGAUGCGUCCACUCCUGGCCCUUUUGCUUCUGGCUACGGUAGCGAACUGCGAGUGUUGGACUUGCAAUGUGGACGCUGACUGCCCGGUGGGAAGAGCAUGUCGAAAGACGUAUCACAACUUUCCACUGAAGUCAUGCCUGAGGCCGCGAGAAUAUUUUGUCGAGGAGCCCCGAAAUUCUAACAAGGAGAUUCGGUGCGUGACGGAUCAGGAAUGUCCGGAGUUGUCGGGCCGA